AUGGCGGCCACAAUGCCCAGCACGGCAUACACGCCGCACCCAAGCAAAAUGAUGAAGGCAGCGCAGUGGAUGGGUACACGCAACGUCGAAGUGGGAGUCGUACCCAAGCCUCAGAUCACAGACCCGGGCGACGCCAUCGUCCAAAUAACCCACUGUACGAUCUCCGGCUCCGACAUCCACCUAUACGAGGGCCAACUCAAAGACGCAAUGGAAAAAGGCGACAUUCUCGGCCAAGAAGCCAUCGGCAUGAUAGAAGAAGUCGGCCCGGAUGUCAAAACCCUCAAAGCAGGCGACCGGGUCAUCAUCCUACCCGUCAUUUCAUGCGGUACCUGUCAGUACUGCCAACGACAGCAAUACUCGCUCUGCGACAACACGAACCCAUCCAAGGAAAUGGAAGCCGCGUAUGGCCACCGACUCUGCGGGAAGCUGGGCUACAGCCGGCUCUGUGGUGGGUAUCCAGGUAAUCAGGCGGAGUACUGUCGCGUACCGCAUGCGGACUUAUCGUGUGUCCGGGCGCCGGAGUAUAUCGAUGCACGGAAAUUACUGGGUUUGACGAAUGUCGUGACUACCGCUUGGCAUGCGCUGGAGUUGGCUGAGGUGCAGGAGGGGGAUGUGUUGGGUGUUUGGGGUUGUGGGCCUAUUGGUCUCGCUACGCAGCGACUUGCGAAGCUCCGUGGCGCCAAGAAGGUCUUUGCCAUGGAUAAGGAUUCUCAGCGACUGCGGAUUGCGGAGGACUUUGGCAUGACUCCUGUUGAUGUGGAUAGUCAUCCUGAUGUGGCUGAGUAUAUUUUGUCGAUUCAGGACCAUGGCCUUGAUAGGUCCAUUGAGGCUAGCGGGUACCGUUGCGUGGGGAAACAGGAGUAUCCGGCUAUGCAGGCGAUUGGGCUUGAGAAGGAUAGUAGUGACACAUUGGCGGCGAUCAUCAAGGCAACCCGUAAGGGUGGGAAUGUGGCGUUGGUUGGGGAUUUCUUCUUCACGACGCGUGAUUUCCCGAUUGGGCCGUUGAUGCAGAAAGCGCUGACAGUCCGCGGGGGUCAAACGUGGCCCCAAAGGUAUUUUCCGUUUUUAAUGGAUCUGGCGGUGCAAGGCAAAAUCGAUACGUCAUGGAUGUUCACGUAUGUGGACGAAUUCGAGAACAUCGCGGAGAUGUACAAGAAGUUUUCGCUGCAUGAGAUCCCAGGGAAACUGAAACUUCUGGACGCAGUCAACAGAUGCAAGGCUAUAGCGACCUGCCAGUCACGGAGGUUGGAAUCUGAUUUGAGUCAGCAUAGUCAGCCAAAACCUUAUAGAAGCACGGAUAUAAAUACGCGUGGGCUCCCCGCAUUGGUAAAUCCACACUUCAUCAUGUUCCCCCCACCACCCAUUGCUCUCGAUUGGAAUAACCUGGGCUUCAAAGUCCGGGAUGCAGGCAAUGGCCAUGUCGAAAUCCACUUCUCCCACAGCGGUGAGAACAAAUGGUCAGCACCGCAAUUCGUCGCCUCACCCUUCCUACCAGUGCACGGGAUGGCACCGGGCCUGAAUUAUGGCCAGCAGGUCUACGAAGGUCUUAAAGCCUUCCGUCACCCAGCCAAUGACAAGAUAACCAUCUUCCGGCCCGACCGCAACGCCAAGCGCAUGCAGUACUCCGCCGAAGUGGUCUCGAUGCCUCCCGUUCCGGAGGAUCUUUUCAUCGAGUGCGUGCGGUUGGCAGUUGGCGCAAACGCCGAGUACGUACCACCCCACGACUCCGGCGCUGCGAUGUAUGUUCGACCCAUACUCUUCGGCUCCUCUGCGCAGCUGGGACUAAGUCCGCCGGACGGGUACACACUGGCUGUAUUUGCUAUGCCGACUGGCGUGUACCACGGAGCUAGCGCGGUUGAAGCGCUAAUCUUGGAGGACUUCGAUCGCUGUGCACCGCAUGGAACCGGUGCUGCCAAAGUUGGUGGAAAUUAUGCGCCUGUGCUGCGACACAGUGACCGGGCGCGGCGGGAAGGGUUUGGGAUUACCCUUCAUUUGGAUAGUGCGACUCGCAGUGAAGUCGAUGAGUUCUCGACUUCUGCUUUCAUUGGAGUGAAGCGGGAUGGCGAUCAGGUCACUGUGGUUCAGCCGGAUAGCCGGAAUGCAAUUGACUCGGUUACGGCGGCGUCGGUGCUGGAGAUUGCCCGUACGCUGGGAUACCGCGUGGAGAAGAGGCGGGUUAUGUACGAGGAGCUGCGCGAGUUUGAUGAGGUUAUUGCUGCUGGUACGGCGGCGGCGUUGGUCCCUGUGGGUAGUAUUACGAUGCGGUCCCGUGGUGAUAAGUUUGAGUACCGUUGCGGGGCUCAGAAGGAGGGUGGUGAGGUUUGCGUUAAGUUGCUGCAAACUCUUCGCGGUAUACAAUCUGGGACUGUCGAGGAUACCUUUGGUUGGAACUAUGAGGUGCAGGCACCACCGAAGGGAUGGACACAGCAAGAGCAGGAAGAGAUUGAGCUGAGUGGUGCCAAUGUCCCAUAA